GGGAGCGGCGCGGGCAUAAAUAGAAGCGGCGGCGGCGGGAGCUGGCGCAGCGCAACAGAGCGCGGCAGGCAGGGGACGGUUCCUCGGCUCACUGCUCUGGCCAGAGGGUUAGGAGGGAGGCGACCGGGAGGACACACGCCAGCCAGGCAGGGAGAGCGCGCGGACUUUGGCACGCACGCAGCCCAGUCUGCCCAGAGGCGAGGAUAGGGAGCUGGCACCCGAGUCUCCCCUGACUCCCCUCAAGUCAAGUCAGCCUCCAGCUGGGUCUGCCCUCCUUCCUCUCUUGCACUGCUGCAAGUUUCAAGCAGCCUUUGCUGGCGAUCGGGACCCGGGGCGUCCUCACCCCCCCACCCACAAGGCACUAGGUGUGUUCGGAGCCCUUGGACAGAACCCGACCGAAAUCUUUCCUUGCUUAUUACGAUGCCGGCGGACACCCUGGAGAAGCCGAGGGCCUCUCCCCUGGCCGGAGCGCCCGCCAGCGCCAGCCAGACUCCAGACAAGCCUAAGAGCGCGAGCGAACACCGCAAGUCGUCCAAGCCUAUCAUGGAGAAGCGGCGGCGAGCGCGGAUCAAUGAGAGUUUGGGCCAGCUCAAGACCCUCAUCCUGGACGCGCUAAAGAAAGAUAGCUCCCGCCACUCGAAGCUGGAGAAGGCAGACAUCCUAGAAAUGACUGUCAAGCAUCUGAGGAGCCUGCAGAGGGUCCAAGUGACAGCCGCCCUCAGCGGUGACCCGAGCGUCCUGGGCAAAUACCGCGCCGGCUUCAAUGAAUGCAUGAACGAGGUGACCCGCUUCUUGUCCUCUUGCGACGGGGUUACUUCGGACGUGCGCUCCCGCCUCCUGAGCCACCUCGCCGCCUGUCUCAACCAGCUCGGACCCGUGCGAUACACGCCGCCUGGAGUGGUCCAGCCCCCGCAUCUGUCUCAACCGCUGCACGUCCAGCUGCCCGGGGCCGCGGCUACCGCUUCUGCCCAGUGCAAAAUGAGCCCAGCCGGAGCCUUGUCGCCCAAAGUGUACAGCGGCUUCCACCUGGUGCCCGCCCACGACGGCCAGGCGGUAGCUUUCCUCAUCCCCAACCCCGCCUUCGGGCCUGCCCCGGGCUCGCUGCUCCCGACCUACGCCGGUGCCGCGGCGGCUGGGGGAGGUCCCACGUCCGGAGGGGCGCCCCCCGCAGCCGGAGGCGCCACCAGCUCCCCGGUGCACGGCCUCACCUCCCUAGGAGGCAGCGGGCCGCGGGCGAGCAGCCCGGCGGAGGACAGAUGCGACCCUGUCUGGAGGCCGUGGUGAGCCCCGGCAGCCGCUGUCAAACCUCUUGCUCAGACUUGUCCGGAAGGAGGAGCCGCCGCCCCCCACCCCCACCCCAGGCCCGCCCUUUCCCGAGGGAAGCCUCCCUUGUUCAUUAGUUCCGUUUUAUGGGACGCUCGAAUGUGUCAAGCAGAACAGACUUUAUUUAUUUCCACAGGCUGGAAUUCCCGCGUCGUUGAGUCGUGACUUGAUCUUAGUGUCAAUGUUGUUUUUUUAUAUAAAUGCCUUCUUGGAAA